AAGACGUCACUUCUAAUCUACACCGUUUGGAGCGGCGAAGAAGAGGAAAAAUGAUAGUAGUGAUGAUGAAGUAAGUCCCCCCGGCUCCCCUCCACAGUCUAGCACGUGUUUUCCGGACCGGGACCCGGAGAGAGGCGGGAUUCUCGGCCUGUUCUCGAAGCUUCUACCGGGUCAAAAUGAACGCCGAUGAGGCCAGGCUGAAGCUGCGGGAGCUGCUGGGCCAGGUGAAUCCCUCUGAGCUCCCAAAGUUACUGGACUGGAUCAAAAACUCAGAUGAGCUGGAUCAGCUGCUGCUUGACAACAAUAAGUUGAUCCUGCAGAGCAUUGCAGAGGACUUGAGAGCCAGACUGCCGGUCGAUGCCAUGCUGCCGACUGAGACUGCUGCACAACUCAAGAUGCAGCAGCAGCAGCGGCCCACGGUUCAUGUGGACAGCUUCCUGUACAGUGAGGACCAAGUGGACGCUCUGUGUGAGGAGGGGGCCAUGAGCAGGAACUAUUGUCUCAGCUGUGGAUCGUUCAGGACCGCCCCCCUCGAUUUCAUCUCACACUCGUUCUCAGUGUCUGACCUUCAGUUCCUGUUCCAGAACGUUCUGCCGGACCUCAGUGGUCGGACUGUGGUGGAUGUUGGUUCCCGACUGGGAGCAGUUCUUUAUGGGGGUUAUGUGUACAGUUCAGCCUCUCGCCUCAUUGGACUGGAGCUCAGUGAGGACUUUGUGAGGCUGCAGAACGACAUGCUCCACAAAUACGGUCUGUCUGAUCGAGUUCAGGUUCUCCAUGCAAACGUCUGCACUCAGGAGGUUCUGCUGCAGGGCGUGGAUGUUCUGAUCAUGAACAAUGUUUUUGAGUACUUCUUGGAGCCCACCGAACAAAUUGGAGCCUGGAAGUUCAUCAUGCAGGCCUUCAGGAGGAGAGGAGCCCUGCUGGUUACUGUUCCCAGUUUGCAAGAGAGUCUGGAUGCCCUGCAGGUGCCACUACCACCAGGCUGGGUGGAGGAGCUUCCUGUAGACUACAACAUCUACCUGGGCCGAGAUGCAGACCCUGAGGAGCUCAGACAGAUUCAUCUGUACCGGGUCGUCUGAUGCUGGCAGCUCCACCAGGAUGAGGUCAGGUGACUGCGGACAGAAACUGCCUUACAGAGUCACGUGACUGCAAACGGAGCUGAACGUAUGACUACAAACAGAUCCAGCUGAACAAGGUCAUGUGACUGGAGACAAAGUGCCCUGUAGUGGAUCAAGUGACUGCAGAAUGAAAUCAUCCAAGCACAUUUCUCCACCUGUCAGGAGGUGGUGCAGCUCUGUGUCCCAGGUGGUUCCAGAUCUUAUUGGAAGUGGUUUGAAGAGGUGGGGAAUUAUGCUGGACUGCAUCUGCUUUACCGAAAGUCUUCAUUUGCACUCAGAGUUCAGACUUUCUGAAGUCCAAGAUCAACUUAAGUCAGAAUGUGAACAUCACAAGUCAGAGGUUCUACCACGGGUCCAAAUCUUGCAGAACCAGAGGCAUAGAAUAGAUUAUUGCACAUUGGUGUUAAUAAUAAAUCAAACUGUUAAUUAUGCUUCAUUUGUAUAUUUACUUUACAGCUUGCUUGAAUCCAUCAUGGAGAAUAAGCUUUUUGUGUUGUUAUCUUUCUAAGUUUCUGUUUUGUAAAAUUGGAUACAUUACAAAAUACAAAAGAUAACAGAAUUGUCUAGUGUUUGUUUACUUGAUCUUAUAGAAAGCGGUUGAUUUUUGUCUCCCUAAUUAUAUUUUUUGUGUUUUAAGUUGUGUAUUAUAACAUGUUGCAUGGUAAUAAAUCCUCUUUAAAAGUCUUA